UUUCAAGUUGAAUUUCAACUAGGAAAAAUAAUCACUUCUCAGUAGAAAUGUUAACACCCAAACCGGUAGGUGGCAGCACUCAAAUUACUUCUCGGAACGUUUAAUGCUCCCGGAAAAAACAACGUUAGCUUCAAAGAUCACAAAAAUGUCCUGCUCUUUUUGCUAUUGAUGUCGAGUUUCUGUCUAAUGUAUGUUUUUAAGCUGACCUGGUAAUGUGAAGGAUUAUUAUCUAAUCACUUACCGUAUUGUCUUAAUUUAAAGUUAACGACUUACCACGGCUGGCGGCUAGUUUAUGUUGUGCUUGUGGCUAAAGAUAGUUUAGGAUUCAGCUUAGCCUUCAAUUUGUUGUUGCAGUUUGCAGCACGGACUGCUGUGCUGUUAACAGGCAACUGGCUUUGCUUAAUUAAGGUAACUGUUGAAGCAGCAGUGAACUUUUAACCGGGAAAAUCGGAAGUUUGACGCGUGGAAUGGCUGCUUUAGGAUUUAUUCCUGCCAACGACCAUGAUGCUUUUAGUUUCGGAACGGAACAAACGUCCACCAACAAAAGUUCCAAAAUAAGCGGAGAAGAAGUCAGGAGGUUCUAUGAAGAUUUAAUUAAAGAUGACAAAACCCAGAAGGACCAGUCAGUGAGAGCAACCCACAGGAACAAUCGUGGCAGGGGCUCUGAUAGAAGAAUGAGGAGGAGAGUCAGGGCUGGACGACUGCAGCAGGUUCGUCCCGAGUCUGUGGUCCAAAUGGAGGCAAGACGUGAAAGAGAAGACAACCAAAGAAGACAGUCAGAGAGGUCAGAGAGAGCCCGGGAGCUGCAGGGACUGAGGCUGCUGCGCUGUGCUCAUCAGGGGGACAUUCCAGGACUCAAGGAGCUGAUCUCAAAAGGAGUGGACAUUAAUUUCCAGGACUCCUAUCUGUGGACAGCUGUGAUGUGUGCCAGCUGGUCAGGACAGAAAGCUGCAGUGAGGCUACUGCUGAUGCACGGUGCAGCCUGGGUCGGAGUGGUUGAUACAAGAGGCAAGGAUGCCCAAGAUCUGGCAUCAGAAGCCGGCCAUGAUGACGUCCUGGAAGAGUUAUUAAGUUUUGGAAAAAGUCCAAAGAGAGAGACACCGUCUCAUUGCAGGUUGCUCAAGCCUCAGUGGUGCGAUGUGUGCCGCUGUGAGUACGGAAACAGCCACUCAUCACAUAUUUCCUCUACUUUGCAUCAGUUCAGUCUGCACCGUCCUCAGCCCACGCCUUACUACUGCCUCCCCCCGUCCAGUAACAGCUACAGGAUGAUGGUUCGCUGCGGCUGGAAACCGGGUAUGGGUCUGGGCCCAGAGGCAGAUGGCGCUAAGCAGCCCGUAUCCACCGUAUUAAAAAGAGACCAGAAAGGUCUGGGAUUUGGACCAAUAAAGAGACCUAAAGUGACUCACUUCAAAGCUGGUGAUGCUGAUGCCGUAAAACACCAACAGCAUGAGAAAGAAGAAAAGGGACAGAGAGCACAGAAGAAGGAUGAGAUCAAGAGAAAAGAGCAAAAAGAUAAAAACUGGGAGAGAGAUUUUCGUGCUUCGUUUUAUUAGUAAGACCUAGCCAUGCUCUCCUGUUGGUGCUCUCUCUGUGGACUUGUCUAAGACGUUUCACACUGCAGUGUGACCUUACCUCAGUUUUGGCCAACAUGUUCUCUACAGUUUGUGCAAUGAUGAUGCUCUUUUAUUUUUAUCUGAUUCAUUCUUACUUUUAGGAUUUGCUGUUGACUUUCUGAGACUGUUUCAAAAAAACAAUUAGUAUUUAUGUUCUAACAAUAUCAAAAGAAAGUAAAAUGCAUUUUUAAUAUAAAAAGCAGUGGGCAUAUAUUUUUGA